UCUGAGUCUAACUAGAAGGCAGAAACAGUGUGGGUGUGUUGAAUAUGGUUCAAGGUAGCAAUAAGACACAUAAUCAUCAACCUGGAGUUGGAGAAAACAUAGAGAAUGGUGAUGUUAGCCCUGCAGGUGAUGUAGUGUAUGAUGGUGCAAGUUAUUCUAGUAGUGAGUCAAUGCAACAAGGACUUGACAGCAACUCUGAUGCAUUACAGGACAGUUCAAAAGACCCAGAAAUUGUACGUGGAAAACUUUGUUGUCAGUCUGAAGGCAAUAACACAUUUCCAACUAUGAAUGCACCAGGAACUCUGUCUGAGAACGUGAACGAUAGUCAUCAAGAUGAAUCAAUUGAGGCUUCUUCAGAUGUAACACUAGCUACCAUGGGAGAUCAACUUAGCAGUGGUUGCAUUGUUUCUGUAAAAGAAAUAAAGGACAGUGAUUCUGAUUACUCAAGUUUAAAUACAACGAAAAACUCUAGUAGCACAUGUACUUUUCAAGAAGAUGAAGAAGUGACCCCAGAAAGUAAUGAAGUCCAAAAUAAACUUUCUAGCUCUAAUAAUGGUGAGACAUUUUUACUUCCGAGCACUAAGUAUGUAGAAACAGCAAGUAAUUUGGAGCAGAAUGUAGCACCAAACUUAAAAGAGAUGGACGAAGAAGUUGAACCUGAAAUGAGUUGUCUGUCUUCGGAAGAAGUUUCAUCUGGAGAUGAAGUGACAGAUGGUGGAUCAGAAUCAGACUUGGAAGAUAAUGAUGACUUGGAUGAUGACAUAAUUUAUGGUAAACCUUACAAGUGGAAGAUGAGAGAAGCCAACCCCAAGCUUCCUGAAACUGUGACAAUUCUAGAGACGACUGAAGGCUGUAAAGUUUACUUAGUAGGAACAGCACACUUCAGUGAGGAAAGUCAGAAUGAUGUAUCUAAGACAAUUACUGCCACACAGCCAGACAUAGUAAUGGUUGAAUUGUGCAGAAGAAGAGCUAAUAUUUUGGCAUUAGAUGAAAAAACAAUAUUAGAAGAGUCUCGAAACAUGAAUCUUGAAAAGGUUAGAGAUGCCAUCAAACAGAAUGGAUUAGUGCAAGGUGUGAUGUAUCUUCUACUCUUAAGUAUGUCAGCACACCUGACCAAACAACUAGGGAUGGCACCUGGUGGAGAAUUCCGCAGAGCAUUUGCUGAGGCUAAAAAAGUUCCAGGAUGUUUGAUUCACCUGGGUGAUCGACCUAUACAAAUCACACUGCAGAGGGCAUUAGCUUCCCUGUCAUUGUGGCAAAAGCUACGAGUUGCAUGGUAUAUGCUUACUAGUAAAGAUCCAAUCAGCAAGGAAGAAGUGGAAAGAUGUAAGCAGAAAGACCUUCUUGAAGAGAUGCUGGCAGAAAUGUCAGGAGAGUUUCCUGCAUUGAGUACCGUUUUUGUCAAGGAAAGAGAUACUUAUCUAGCGUAUUCCCUCCGCCUUGCUGCUACUCCACUUCGAGACUCAUCAUCUCCUAAUGGUGUGAUACCUUCAACAGUUGUAGGAGUGGUGGGCAUUGGACAUGUUCCUGGCAUCAUCCAAAACUGGGGCAAUGUGGCUGAUGCUGAUGUUGCUUGUCUUCUUACAGUUCCCAAACCAUCUUUUACUUCCAAGGUGAUUCGACGUACCUUGAAGAUCUCUGCUUUGAGUUUAGCUCUGUGGGGCUGUUGGCGACUUCUUCCAUCUUCAGUCAAGUCUCCUCUUAGCUCACGCAAGCCUUUGGAUUGGAUAACUAACUUUAUUAGCUAUUAAUCAUGCUCUUGCUGUAGAUCAGAAACAUGUUUUCCACAGAUGCAUGAAAAGGUGGUUCAUAUAAAAAAAAACUGUCUUUUUUUUAAACUGGUCAUCGUAAAAAUUGUAAGAAUUUUAUUUUACUUCUGUUCAUGAGUAUUGUAAAACAGCAUAAUGUGACUCCCUGCUAAAGUUUACCAGAAUUGUCAGCAAUGUAAUCAAGGGAAUAAUUAUUUUAGCCUAAAACAUAACAGUUGUCAUACGUGGUGUUGACUUUAAAGAAAUAUGUGAUCUUUAUAUAAUGGUGACAGAAAAAAAAGCUAUUUUGUAUCAUACACGAGGUAAAAUUGCAAAAAGUUCACAAAUGUUUACUGAGAAAGGAGUGAUAGUAGACAUACAACAGUUGAGUAAUAAGGCUUAAUGAAUUUAUUUAUAUUCACUAACUUGUUUUGUUUUUUUAAGGGAGAAAGGAAGUAUAUAUAUAGUAAGAAAAUAGAAGUUGUGUGGUGGGUUUUUACCAACCAUGUUGGGAUAACAUUUGAAAACUUAGAAAAUCUUUAAGGUUUAUUCAUUUUUUGAUGUAUGUUUUUUGUUUAAUUAGAAAACUGCCUGAGGAUGUUUAUAGAACAGAUGCCAGUGUUUGUACUAUUUGAAAAUUAUUCAUCAUAUGGUUAACUUAGGAUAUUUAAUGUGAGAGAAAAAAGACUGAGGUUUUUAUUUACCAGCUUUCUACACAUUGUUGGCCUUUAGAAAAGUAGCCUAUAAUAUAAUUUAUUAACCAGUUUUAAUCUAAAAGCCCAUUUUUGUGGAACAAUGAAUUAAUGUAUAAAUGUAACGUAUGUAUUAAUUAGUUCAGAAUUAUUACAUGACAUAAUAAAAAAAAGUAUGUAGACAUGUACACAAAUGUAUGAAAGUUUUGUACACUAAAUCCUGUGGAAUAAAGAAACCUUACACAUAAACCAGAAA